AUGAGCAUCCGGAUGCCACCCACAAUCCUGAAGCUGGCAGCAAAGCGCCUGCUGAGGGAGCAAGCCUCAGCCAUUGCCAGUCUGGAGUACCUGCCCGCCGAGCUCUUCCCAUAUCUGUUCAAAAUGGCCUACUGUGGUGGACGCCACCCCCAGCUACUGAAGGCGUUGGCCCAAGCCUGGCCCUUCACUGUCCUCCCUCUGAGGGUCCUGAUGCAGCGUCCCCCUGAUCAUGCCCCAACCAGGGCCGUGGGCUUAAAAGCCGUGUUUGACGCGAUUGACGUUGUGCUUGCCCAGGAGGUUCGGCCAAGAAUCUCAGCUAAUGUCCUGCUCUCCCCACAGGAGGUGCAAACUCCGGGUGCUGGAUUUAAGGAACACGGGUGCCAACUUCUGGGAUAUGUGGCUUCGAGUCAGCACCGAGAAUUGCUCAUAGACAGAAUCAGUGACUGUGCACAGCUCCAGACCCAGCAUGGAGCAUCCCUGGCUCCCUUGGAGGUGUUCCUAGACCUUACCUUCGAUGAAAGGGGCCAGGAUAAGUUUUUCAUGCACAUCAUCCAAUGGGCCCAGCAGAGGGAAGGGUUGCUACAUCUGUGCUGCAAGACACUGAGGACUUCUGAGGUGCCCUUCCAGAGGGUCAGGAAGGUCCUGGAUAGGGUGAGGCUGGACUGCAUCCAGGACGUGAAAGUGAACACGCAGUACCUGCACACUCUGAGGACAUUUGCUCUCUACCUGGGAGCGAUGAGUAACCUGCAGAAACUCUUUUUCCUGGAAGAGUUGAGGACUAUGAGGAGGACUAUACUCAUGCUGCGGCACCUCAGGCAGCUCUACAUGUGUGCUCUUUCCUUCCUCCCAGGUGGUCUGGACCAGGUGCUCAGGUGCCUGCAGACUCCCUUGGACAAAUUCUGCCUAAUGUUUGGCCAGCGGUUGACGCAUUCAGACCUCACAUACCUGUUCCAGUGCCCGAACCUCAGGCAGCUGAAGUUCCUAUAUCUAUGUGACCUCAGCCUUGUGGAUUUCAGUGGGCCCCUCCGAGCUCUGCUGGAAGCAGUGGCACCCACCCUCCAGGGCCUGGGUCUGGAUAAAUGUGGGAUGGGGGACUCCUAA